UGUGAAGCAGAAACAUCUGAAAGGAAGAGUUGAUGAGAUGGUAGGGAAGAAGGGGAAAGCGAUUAUAGUAGGAGGGAGUAUAGCAGGCGUAUCGUGCGCACACACGCUCACGUUAGCAGGCUGGGAUGUAUUGGUGCUCGAGAAAUCGUCCGAACCUCCGGCUCGGAGCCCUACUGGUGCUGGGCUCGGACUCGACCCUCAGGCUCGGCAAAUCAUCAAAUCCUGGCUUCCUCAGCCACACCUCUUAGAUGAAAUAACUUUGCCUCUCUCGAUUGAUCAGAAUCAGUCAACAGAUAGUGAGAAGAAAGUUACGAGAAUUCUAACAAAAGGCGAGAAUUUUGAUUUUCGAGCAGCUUAUUGGUCAGAUAUUCACGCUCUUCUGUAUAACGCAUUGCCUCAAACCAUGUUUCUUUGGGGACAUAAGUUUCUGUCUUUCACCAUGUCACAAGAUAAAUCCACUGUAAAGGUUAAGACUUUAGUUACGGAAACUCAAGAAACUAUUGAAAUCCAAGGAGAUUUACUCGUUGCAGCAGAUGGGUGUCUGUCUUCGAUUCGGAAAACAUUCUUGCCAAACCUUAAAUUGAGGUACUCUGGUUAUUGCGCUUGGAGAGGUGUUUUUGAUUUCUCAGAGGAUGAGUACUCGGAGACAGUUACUGGAAUCAAGAAAGCGUAUCCAGAUCUUGGAAGAUGCUUGUACUUUGAUCUCGCUACACAGACUCAUAGCGUGUUCUACGAGCUUACUAACAAGAAACUUAACUGGAUUUGGUAUGUCAAUCAACCAGAACCUGAGCUAAAGAACAACUCUGUUACCCUAAAAGUAAGCCAAGAGAUGUUAAAAAAGAUGCAUCAAGAAGCAGAAACGGUCUGGAUCCCCGAGCUGGCGAGACUCAUGAAAGUAACAAAAGAUCCUUUCCUUAAUGUAAUCUACGACUGUGACCCUUUAGAACGGAUCUUCUGGGGAAAUGCCGUGCUGGUUGGAGACGCAGCUCAUCCCACAACUCCUCAUGGUCUAAGAAGCACAAACAUGUCUGUUCUUGAUGCGGAAGUGCUAGGCAAAUGCUUGGGGAAAUGUGGACCUGAAAAUCUAAGUUUUGGUCUCGAAGAGUAUCAGAGGAUAAGAUUGCCUGUUGUUUCUGAGCAAGUUUUGUAUGCAAGGCGUCUGGGGCGUAUAAAACAAGGUCUGGAUCAUGGCGGAAUUGGCGGUGACGGUUUUGGAUUGGAACAGAAAGAGAUGCCAUUCUUUUCUAGUGCUCCUCUUGCCUAGCGAUAAUAUUUGAUGCGAGGCAUGUUUUAUGUUAUCAAGUGAUUGUGAUCAGAGAGACAGGUACAUAACUUUCUGUACGUCAAUGUAGAAACGAAUUCGGGUACAAGAUUUAUAAAAUUGAUAGGAUACAAAAGUAA